AUGGCGUCUCUACAAACAGCCAAGAAGGAAUUGCGAAGAAAGCUACGGAGGAUCCUUUCAGAAGUAUCCAAAGAGUCUGUGGCCGUGCAAUCAUCCAUCGUCACGAGAAAUCUACUUGCACUCCCUGAAUACCAUGCAGCCACUAAACUCAGUGUCUAUCUCUCAAUGCCCUCUGGCGAAAUCUCAACCGCCGCUAUUGUCCGUGAUGCCUUCAGCAGAGGCAAGCAAGUAUAUGUCCCGUAUCUCUAUCAACCGGACCCAGCGGCGACCGCAAACCAGGGUCGUUCCUCGGUCAUGGAAAUGCUAGCGCUACGCUCCCUGGAAGACUACGAAUCGCUACAGGCAGAUAAAUGGGGUAUCCCGACACUAGAUUCGAAUACUAUUGGCAGCAGGAGGAAUUGUUUUGGUGGAUAUGGUAUCCCUACGGGAGAAACGGCCCAAGCAGGUUCCACGAUGACAGAGGCAGAAUCAGAAUCAACUGCAGCCGGUGACGACAGUUCAGGAUUAGAUUUGGUUGUUAUGCCUGGAGUAGCCUUUGACGAACAACUGCAAAGACUGGGACACGGCAAAGGGUAUUAUGACCAUUUCGUCAAUCGAUUGAAAAACAUUAGGCAAAGCGGAGGAGAAGAAAGUAAAGCAGGCAUGCGGAAACCACAUCUCGUCGCCUUGGCCCUGGCAGAGCAGCUUCUUCCCCCAGGAGAGAAGAUACCCGUCGCCGAUCAUGACUAUCCCGUGGAUGCCCUCAUCGUUGGAAACGGGCGCAUUCUCACAUCAAGCAGUUAG